AUGCGAUCCUUCCUACUACUCGCUGCGGCAGUUCCUUUCGCCCAAGCCGUUCGCAUCGUUCAGUCAAACGACGAUGGUUGGUCAGAGGCAAACCUUCGCACCUUCUUUGACGUCUUGAACUCUGCUGGUCAUGAAGUCGUACUGUCUGGUCCCGCCGAGAACCAGUCUGGCAGAGGAUCCUCCGACGCACCCCCGAAAACCGUUGAUUCAGACGGUUGCAUUCAUGCGUCCUGCCCGGGAGGAAGCCCGCCAACCGGCGCAAACGCGACAGACCCUCGCUUAAACUACGUCAACUCUUUCCCGGUCACCUCGAUCAAGGAGGGAAUCGAUGUCACUGCCCCCAAGCUCUGGAACGGCGCAAAGCCUGAACUCGCUCUGACCGGACCGAACGUCGGCAGCAAUGUUGCUGUUCAGGUCCCCUUCUCCGGCACAGUCGGCGCCGCUGCAUUCGCGGCAAAGACGGCUCAGAUCCCAGCCAUCGCCUUCUCUGGCGUGACAGGAGAUCCUACUGCGUGGAACGCACCUACUCCUUUCCACAGCAAGGUCUAUGCUGACCUGGCUUUGAACGUUACCACGACUAUCAUCAACUCUGGAAAGCCAUACCUCCCAGCAAACUCCUUCCUGAACGUCAACUUCCCCGCUGUAUCCGAGACCAAGUGCAGCGACCCCAGCCAGUUCAAGUACAUCUUCACUCGCAUCAACACGGGUCUUCUGAGCGCUCGCGAUGCCGAAUGGUGCGGCAGCACGCGCCUGCCGUGGGAGGCGGAUGUCAUCUUGAUUCGGGGAAGCGACUGCUACGUUACCAUCAGCCCUGGCGAUGCCAACGACAAGACGACUAUGAAUGAUGCUGCGGUUCAGACUGAGAUCAUCAACAAGCUCAAGCCGAUCUUGUCGUGCUUGCCUUAA